GUCUACACUCAAAACCAUUACUUAAUAUUUAUUACGCGACUGAAUUACGACGAACUUUUCAAGCCAUACAAUAGAUCAAAGGUCAAAGUUCCUCAAACGUUUCCUGCCACCUCACUAUGACGGACACGACGAAUUGUUAUCAGAUUACACGACGCAUCCUUUUUUAAGCAGAGCGAGUUUUUGAUAAACACCCUUUUGUGGAACGACAACAGCCAAACAAAUCUUCUGUAGUGUCUUAGCGCGUUUUUGGUAGAAUAAUGGCAGAGGCUAUACUUGGAGAUCAGGACCAGUACAGCUGCUCAAUAUGUUUGGACUUGUUGCGGGAUCCCGUGACCAUUCCGUGUGGACAUAGUUACUGCAUGAGCUGUAUAGGUGAGUGCUGGAAUACAAAUGAUCUGAACGGGACCUAUAGAUGUCCACAGUGCAGACAGACCUUCAAAUCAAAGCCUCCACUCAACAGAAGUACAGUGCUUGCUGAAAUAAUGGAGAAACUGAGGAGCACAGAGUCUGCUCAAAGUCUUGCUGGGCCUGGAGAGAUUGCGUGUGAUUUCUGUUCUGGAGAAAUGAUCAAAGCUGUCAAGUCUUGUCUGGAGUGUCGAGCCUCUUACUGUCAAACACAUGUACAACCCCACUAUAAUGUUCCUGCCCUGAAGAAACACAAGCUGGUGAAAGCUGCAGUCAUUCCAGUAUGCCCCAAACAUGACAAGGUCCUUGAGGUUUACUGUCGAACGGACCAGAAAUGUGUCUGCAUGCACUGCUUACUGGAUGACCACAAGGGCCAUGACACAGUGUCAUCUACAAUAGAGCGCAACGAGAAACAGAUAAAACUCACAGACACUCAAACAAAAGUCAAGCAGACAAUCCAAGCAAAAGAAAAAGAGCUGCAGAAGAUGAAUAUGGACAUUGCCUCCCAUUCAGAUUCUGCAAAGAAGGCAGUGGAGAACAGUAAGAAAGUCUUCAGUGAAUUAGUCAAAUUUAUUGAGAAAAAAAGCAAUGAGGUGAUUGAAAAGAUAAAAGCUGAAGAAAAGGCUGAUCUGGAUCAAGGAGCAAAGCUACAAAAGAAGCUGCAGGAGGAAAUUACUGAGCUGAAGAAGAGGGAAGGAGUUCUUGAGGAUCUUCUACAGACAGACAACAACAUCCAGUUUCUUCAGAAUUGUGAGUCUGUGUCAUCUUCAUCCGCAUCUGAUGAGUUGCCGAGUUCCUCAUUUCAGCCGUACUGCUCUUUUGAGGACAUAAGAAAACUUAUAUGUGAGCUAGCUGGGAGACUUGAGACUACUUGCACGCAGGAAAUAAGCAAAACAAUUACUAAUGUUUCAGAUUUGUCUGCAAAAAGGCCUCAUUUCACAUUUGACAUUGUAGUUGGAGACCAUGUCCGUGUGAAGCCAUCUGUUGUUACUCCAACACACAAAUGGGGAUCAGUUACUCACUUAAGCAUUGGUGUUGUUAAAAAAAUUCAGGGUGAUUUGUUGACUGUAGAUUUCCCCGAACAAAGAAACUGGACUGGUGUAGUUUCAGAAAUGGAGCGUGUGACCAGUGCUGGUUCAGAUUUGCCAUCCAAAAACGAUCCAUUCAACAUCAAGGUUGGAGACAAAGUCAGAGUGAAACCUUCAGUUAUUACCCCAAAACAUAACUGGGGUAGAAACGUCACUCAUAAGAGUGUGGGUGUGGUGAAAGACAUCAAAAGUGAUGACAGUGUGGUUGUUGACUUCCCUGGACAUGCGAACUGGAAAGGAAUUAUCACUGAAAUGGAGAAAGUAACUAAUGAUGAUGAGAUUGGACCUUCAAGUCUGGGCUCCAAUAUUAAGAUUGGAGACAAAGUUCGUGUGAAGCCGUCUGUUGUUACUCCAACACACAAAUGGGGAGCAGUCACCCACAAAAGCAUUGGUGUUGUUAAAAAAAUUCAGGGUGAGUCUUUGACUGUGGAUUUCCCUGAGCAAAAAAACUGGACUGGUAUCGUUUCAGAAAUGGAGAUUGUGGCCAGCACUGGUCUAGAUAUUCAGAAUGGGUCUUUGAUUUUAGAUGUAGAUUUUUCCGGGAUUAUGACCAUUCCUGAUUUAGCUGACAUCAAGUUGGAGACAGAGUCAGAGUGAAAUCUUCAAUAACUACUCCAAAACACAACUGGGGUGGACAUGUCACACACAAGAGUGUUGGUGUGGUAAAAGAUAUCAAAUCUGAGGAUGUGAUCGUGGAUUUUCCAAAACACAAAGCAUGGAAAGGCAUUCUUUCCGAGAUGGAGUUAGUAAAGGACUCAGACACUGACAUUUCAGGAUUCCCCUAGAUCUUGAGGAUGUGACUGUGGACGUCUCUGCUCACCAUUUGCUUUUGGGAAUGAGUUUUCACUGAAACGUGCCA